AUGCAGAUGCAGAAGUACCUAGAGAAGGAAGAAACAGUGGAGCAUGAAAUACUGCUGCAGGGCACCAUAAAAUCGAUCAAGGAUGCAACGCUGGAACUGUCAGAAAUAAACACCGUUGUAUCGGCGCAGGGAGAGAUAAUCAAAAAAAUUCAGAACAAAAUAAACGAAACAGAAAUAACCCUCAGAAGAGCGAGCAAAAAACUCUCCAGGCUCCUCAGGCGGUCUAAGAACAGAAGGAUUGUUUCUUUUUGUUUACUCUGCCUCACAACCAUAGGCAUACUUAUCCUGUGCAUGUACACAUACAAAUACAAAUAA